GUUCAGACACCGAGGAAGUCUCCUCUGUAUUGCAACAUGGGUAGAAGCGCAUGUAACUCCAAGGAGGGAUUGAACAAAGGGCCUUGGAGUGCCACUGAGGACAAGAUCCUCAGUGACUACAUCAAAACUCAUGGAGAAGGGAGGUGGGGGAAGGUUCCUAAGAGAGCAGGACUAAAUCGGUGUGGAAGGAGCUGCCGGCUUCGAUGGCUGAACUACCUUCGGCCAGAUAUCAAGAGGGGAAACAUCUCCGAAGAAGAGGAGGACCUCAUCAUCAGACUCCACAAGCUCUUAGGAAACAGGUGGUCUCUUAUAGCUGGGAGGCUGCCAGGCCGAACAGACAAUGAAAUCAAGAAUUACUGGAACGCAGUCCUAAAGAAGAAGGUGCAAGCUGGAUCAGUCCCGUUAACAAAACUUGUGUGUUUGAACAAGGAUGAAGAGAAAAAAUCCAAGAACAAAACAUCAGUUCAAGCACCAUUUGAGAAUCCAGGAGCAAACCAAGAAGAAGGCAAUCAAAAUGUUCAUAAAACUGGACUCGAGUCGCUGGUGAUCGAAGACUUGGCAUCAGAUGGUUCUCUGUUAUCUCCUCAAGAUUAUGAUCUAUUGAACGCAUGGACAGGUUUGGACACCGAGGAUCUCUCCAAGCCUUGCCUUCUUGACUUUGAGUUCUUCCAGGUCCUUGGAGGAAACAUCCAACAGGACAUGAGAGAUUGUGACAUGAAUAAGCUGUCUGUGUCUUCUGAUGACAAUGUCUCCUGUGGCAGGGUGUUUGAGAAUUGGGUUGGGACUGACCACAUCCAACCAUAUGGUAGUCUUGAUCUUGGAUCAUUGGCUACGUUCUUCGAAUCCGAACCAUGAAAUCUUGGGCUAUCAAGCAACCGGGUUUGGUAUUUUCUUUUCAGCUCUUUCACCAGCAUUUGCUGUUAGAUCUCAGUGCAACUCUUUCACUAGCUAGUACAUAUUGGGAUAAAAUUUCCUCGUCCUCUAUCCAGGAACGUGGUCUGGUAGACCUGGAUGUGUGCAAAUAAACCUGUGCUUCGUCUGAGUAUCAUGUCUUAUCAAUGACUUUGUGGAUGCUGGUCACAUGUGCACGAUUAUUGCAGUCUCUAUGACGACACAUGAUAACAUGCGAAGAAAGUAACUGCUUUUUCUCAAAAAAAAGCAAGGUUAAUUCGGAAAAAGAAGAGAGCUUCUGAUUGAGGGUUGAAGGUAACUUGUAGAAGAACAAGUUCAAAGUAAAAUAGUAUUCUUAUGAUUCUGAAUCAAAAGACUUUCCACCUGAGAAGAAAAAAAGGAAA